GAUGAAUUAACCUCCUUAUAUGGCGUGGCGAGGCAUCCACAAUAUGCUUUGUUUUUCGUUCUAAACUUGACAUUUUUGCUAAAGCAUACUUAUUCACGUAUAGCAAGUACAUUCACAACACUUCCUUAAAGCAACGCCUCUUAAAAAUCCAAAUCAAUCGUUAUACCUAUACGUGUUUAGAAUCUAAAUGCACAUAACUAAUCUUUUAUAAAUAUGUGUAGAAAAAAUUAAUAAACCAUCUGCAUACCUUUUUAAGCACACACCAACAGCCUUUUUCCUCACACAAACAAUAUUUCGCAGAAAAAAGUUAAGCAACAACCGCCAAAAUUAACCAAUAACCACAAUUUUAAUUUUACGUUUGACAUUUGACAAGUGAGAGUGACAUCACUGUAACCAACCCACGAAAAACACCAAUCCACCAUGUUGGUUACUACAAUAAUUCCCUAUUAGCAAUUACCUUGAUCGAUAGAACCUUUGUUUACACUUGAAAAUCAUGUAAAAGGAACAGUAUGCGAGCAAAACAAAAUUCAAAGUAUAGAAAUAUCUAGUACGUACUAUAGGUACUUAUUCGAAAAUAUAAUAUAACAGUCAGAUAAAAGUACCUACACACAAUUUUAGAUUACCGAUUAUCCAUAAGAUAUCUACCCACACAGCACACACCAUCUAAUGAACAUCCAUUAGUUAUCUUGCACGUCUAUAAUACAUCCAAUCCAAAACGAAUAUCUAAUGAAUAUACAUUAAAUAUCUAUCGUGGAUAAUUACAAUUGUAAGUAAAAUAUUUGUAAAUUAUUUUAAAUGUAUUCUUAAAGUGCAAUAAUGUGCAUUGCAUAAAAUUACAUUAAUUAGAAAAAGAAACAGCAUAUAAGAUACGUGGUAUUAUGGAUAUUGUGUGGAUGUUAAAUGGACAUGCCAUAUGGAUUUCAAACGCCUUCAUGUGGAUUUAUGAACACAUCUUUCGCGCUUGUUUUUGUUUUGACCAAUCACUGUAAACUUACUUGCCCACACCCUGUAUGCGCAUAACCUUAAAUUAGCAUUAUGUGCACAUUGCACAGCGCACGUCACGUUUGUUAGUUAACGCGUUUGGUUUGUGUUUACAAUUAUUAAGAUAUAUUUCCUUCGUUAUCUGUUACGUGCUUGCCAGUGUUUUUACGUGGUUUUUACUUGGCCCGUGAUAACGAUAACCAAUCCUCUGUUUAGUGGUAAGUACAGUACCUAUAGCCCGCCCGCUAAAUAAUUGAGGUUAAGUGUGUAUGUUUUAUUUCAGAUACCUACCUUAGACAGAUAUUACAAUCCCAAUUUUGAUUGUGGAGGCUCUUCUGCGUUUUUUAAUUUAUAAGGUUUCAAGCUAGAUACCUACUUCGCUGGAUUUGACACUAGAAUAUUUAAAAAAUGGAGAGCCAAUGGUCUGUAGUGUUAUUCGAAGACGGGCUACAGUUGGUUCCUACUGAUUGGAUUGUGGGAAACAGUUGCUAUUGGCCCACGUUUACUAGUACCACACGGUACGAAAAAGCGGUUAAAAGCAGGGAGCCGCCAAAUGAAGGAUGGUCCCUUUAUGAAAUGCGCGUUUUAGGAACUUUUUCCUCAUAUGAAACCGCAAGGCGAAAACUAAUAAUAGCAGAGGAACACUCUGAUUUGAAUACAGAUCAUGAAUUAUCCAAAGAAAAUCGGAGGCGUAAAAAAAAAGAUUAUUUCGUCUAGUGAAGAAGAAGAGGAGGAUUCUCAAGUUGGCGUUUUAAACAUAUCAGAAUUUCCUGAUCUACCUCAAGAUAUUCGGAAGAAUGAUUCAACUGAAGUUUCAGCAUCCAGUUCAAGGAGACUUCUACUACAAGAAUCUCAAGCACAUGUAAUGCCACGCUCACAGUGUUCCACGCCAUCUAGUAGAAAUGAUGAAGCAUCCAGUUCAAGGAGACUUCCACUACAAGAAUCUCAAACAUAUGUAAUGUCACGCAAACCUGAUGAAGGGUUUGAGGAGAAGCUGUUUAAAGAGCUGUCUUUUAUAAGGGUUCAUUUAGUGAAAAUUGGCCAACAACUGUCAGUACUAGAAUUGAACAUGAAAUCUCAUCAACUUCAAGAUAAUGACAAGAACGAGGAGAAACAUGAUAACUUUGAAGAGAUAAUACGCAAGUUUCCUUUGGAUACCGAAUUAGAUCUAAGAAACAUGGAGGUUUAUCUUCUCAACAACCCUGAUUUUAAGAAAUACCUAAUCAAUUACUGCAGUCGAUUAGGAGGACUAAAAAUUGAUCAAAUCACCAAAAUUAUGUUAAGAAAACUAAUUUCAAAUAAACUAGCAGCCAACUACAGCUGGCUAGGAGCUAAAAAGAAGCAAUCUUUCAACCUGCUGAUUGCAGAGGUUAUUUUAUGUGCCGUAAAGCAAAAUAAGUUAAUUGGUGAGACCACCGAGAAGGAAAUGAUUGACUCUGUAAAAAAUUGGUUAAAACAUGCACAUGUGAGGUAUACCAACCAAUGUAAACGGGAACAAAAGGGCGCAGAAGAACCUACAGGAUAAGUUGUUUUUCUUUUUUAUAAAUUUCUUAAUCUUAACUAUUAUAUUUUAUAUUAUUACUAUUCUGGUUUUAUACACAUGAAUAUUUUGUGCUUUUUAAGUUGUAACUAAUAAAUAAAUCAUACAUU